AUGCAGUAUACAGAUAUCCUCUCUUCUUCCAGUGGCGUUGUCCACAAAGUUCCCUGCAACAAACCUUCUGAACAAUGUGUGGCGGAAAACGAUUUUCUGUGUAAAGAUCAUUGGAUUCCGUUGGAAUCUCCUGACCAUUCACGAGACAUUAUGGAUGACUGUCGAGCAACCUCUUCGUUUUUUGCAAGCGACGCUACUAUGGCGACCCAAUUCGAUACUCUUCAGAACAGCUUAAGAAUUGCUGCCCUUCUUGAUAUCAAUCCAGCAUAUACCAUCGUAGACAAUAGCUCGGGCAGUCCCUUCUGGGAUAGCCCCUCAA